GCGCCGACGCGCCGGACAAGCUCGCGGCGCUCGCGCUGCUCCGCCGCGGCGCGGAGCUCGGCAACGGCCGGAGCGCGCUCCAGCUCGGCGUCCUCUUCGCCCACGGCCGCGGCGGCGUCACCAAGGACGACGACGCCGCGCGCAAGUACCUCCACGCCUCCAUCUUCGCGGCGCUCGAGACGGAGUACCGGCACGACGCGUCGCCCGGCGAGCGGCGGUGCGCGCGCGAGGCGCUCGCGGCGGUCAAGGCCGACGCCGGGUCCUGCUUCGGCGUCGCGCGCGCGACGCUCGCGCUGCCGCCCGGCAACGACGCCGUCGCCUUCUUCGGCCUCGGCUGCCUCGAGCGCGUCGCGACGACGUUCUGGAACGGCCUCGACGGCGAGUCGCGCGCGGCGACGCGCGCGCUCGCGCUCGGCGCGGGCCGCGCGACGGCGGACGGCGAGGCGCCGUUCCUGCGCAACAAGAAGGCGGCGGUGCUCGCCGCCGUCGCGCUCCGCGAGUUCCCGCAGCGCUGGCCCGGCUUCGUCGGCGACGUGCUCGCGGACGGCGGCGGCGACGCGGCGCUCGAGCUCGGCCUCGGCGCGCUCGCGGAGGUCGCCGAGGACUGCAUCGACGCCGACUACAACGGGCGGCUCCCCGCGAAGCGCCGCGCGGACGUGCUCAAGGCGCUCAACGCGUCCGCGCCCGCGGUCGUCGCCGCGGUCUUCGGCGUCGCGGACCGCGCGGCGCGCGCGCCGGGCCCCGCGGGCGAGCGGCGCCUCGUCGCGGCGCUCCGGUGCCUGCGCCACUUCGCGACGUGGGUCUCCUGGGACGGGCCCCACAUGGCCGCCGCGCGCGCGGCCGGCGACCCCGUCGACUUCGCCGCGACCGUCGCCGCGCGGCCGCCGGCGGGCGACGGCGCCGCGAACGUCGCCGCGCUCCUGUGCCUCCGGGCCCUCGCGGCGUCGCCGCACCUCGACCUCGACGCGUCCCUCGGCGUCGCCGCCGCCGUGCCGCGGGUCGCCGCGGCGCUCUUCGCCGCGGGCGCGCAGCGCGUCGCCGCGGGCGCCGCCGCCGCGGCGCUCUGGGCCGCGCUCUGCCGCUGCGCGGGCGACUGCUUCAAGGAGCUCUGCGCGCGCUUCAAGGCGCUGGGCGCCCUCGGCGGCGACGUCGCCGCCGACGGCCGCCGCGACGCCGUCGACGGCGCGCUCGCGGCCCACCACGGCGCGCUGCUCGGCCUCCUCGAGGCGUCGGCGAGCCGCCGGGGCCCCGAGCUGCUCCUGCCGGCCUUCCGCGAGGCCGCCAAGCUCGCGCAGGCGCGCAAGGUCGGCGCGCGGACGCGCGCCGCCGUGCACGCCGCGGCGCCGCGGUGCCGCGGCGCCGUCAAGGUCGCCGAGGCGGCCGCGUGCCGCGUCCACGGCGACGCGUCCUACUGGCCGGCCCUCGCGCUCCUCUUCGACGAGGCGCUGGGCGCGCUCGUCGGCGAGCCCGCGUGGCUCGCGAACGCGGGCUGCGAGUACGACCUCCUGUCGCUCUGUCGCGCGGUCUACGUCGCGCUCGUGCUCGCCGCGGACCCGGCGCGGCUCGGCCGGCCGCCGCCCGCGCCGCCGCGCCACGACGGGCCGCGCCGCGCGCUCCUCGCGCUCCCGGGCGUCGGCGCCGCGCCCGUCGCGCGGCUCGAGGACGACCUCCGCGCGGUCGCCGCGCACAAGGACCAGAAGAACGCGUUCCACGAGCUCGUCGUCCUCGCGCUCAACGCCAAGCCCCGGGCCGACGACGGCGGCGGCGGCCCCCCGGGGCCCGCGCCGCCGCCGCCCGCGGGCCGCCGCGUCGACGCGUCCUCGCUCCGCGGCGCGACGCCCGCGGUCCUCGACCUCCCGGGCGACAUGGCCGGCGCCCGGAAGCUCGACACUGCGCGCACGCAAGCGAGCCCCGCCCUGCGCCUCGAGACGCAACGCGCCGAGCUCGAGGAGCGGCUCGCCGAGCUCGAGACGCGGGGCGCCGCGCUCGCCGCGGAGACGGCGCGCGUCGAGCACGGGCUCGCCGACGUCCUCGAGGCCCUCGACCGCGCGAACGGGACGGACGCCGCGGCGGCGCCUCCGCCCGCGGCGGCGCCCGCGGCGUGCGCGGCCCCUCCCGCGGGUGGCAACGCGACGGUCGUGCGCUUCGGCGCCGUCGACGAGUCCGGCCUCCGCGUCGCCGGGCGGGGCUGGGGCCGCGUGCUGGCGAAGUGGCGGUGCGCGAAGCGGAUGAAGAUCGCGGUGCUCGGCGGUUCCAUGACGUGCGGCGGCAACCUCGCCAAGUCGGACGAGGACAAAAAGGGCAAGGCCUGGCCCUCGCAGCUCCUGGCGAAGCUGCGGUCGAGCCUCGGCGCGGGCGUGAGCCUGCACAACGCCUGCGUGCCGGCGUCGUCCCUGGGCUGGUGCGUGAGCCUGCUGUCGACGCGCGUGCUCGCGGGCACGGACGUCGUCGUCGUCGACUACUCGCAGAACGACAACCGGCCGACGAUCGAGGACGCGCGCGAGGGCGGCGCGGCCGUCGACGCGUCCGUGCGCCGCGUCGCCGAGGCCUUCCUCGUGGCCCUGGCGAAGCUCGCGAGGAGCCGGCGCGAGCCGCCGCCCGCCGUGCUCUUCCUCACGACGAUCCUGCCGCCCAAGUUCCACAUGCCGACGACGAAGCCGGCCUUCGGCGACUGGCGCGCGCUCUGGGCCGACCCGGAGCGGGCCGCGGCCUACGCGGCCGUGCUCCGGGGCCACGCGCGCAUCUACGACCGCGUCGCGACGUUCCACGGCGCGUCGUCCUUCGCGCUGCAGGACCACGACGGCCUCUGGCCCGCGGGCGAGCUCCUCGGGAACGCGCGCCUCGCCGAGCUCUGGCGCGCGCCGGCCUCCAAGGGCGGCGACGUCGACCACCACCCGGGCGCCGCCGCGCACGCGUUCGUCGCCGACGCGGCGCACGCGGCGGUGCUCGCGCUCGUGCGGCGCGCGGAGCGCGGCGACGGCGCCGUCGUCCCCGACUGGGCGCCGGGCAACGGCACGCUGUCGAGCCCCGACGAGCUGGCGGAGCUCGCCGCCUGCUCGCUGGGCAUGGCCGCGCGCCACGUCGCCGCCGACGCCGACGCCGCGGGGCGCCCGGGCGCCGAGGUCCGCGCGGGCGGCGGCUGGGCCCUGGGUCGGGACCGCCCGGACAAGCCCCCGGGCUGGAUCGUCAACGAGACCGCGGCCGCGACCUCCGAGCUGUCGAUCGUCGUCCCCUGCGGCAAAGCGAGCACCGUCGGCCUCGAGUACCUCCGGAGCUACGAGCACAUGGGCUCCGCGCGCGUGUCCUUCACGACGAUCGACGUCGAGAAGGACAAGUUCAACGAGCUCAUCUGCGCGGGCGACGACGAGUGCGCGGCCUACGCCGCCGCCGCGCCGAACUCGAAGACGCGCGUGAAGGUCUCGGCCGUCGAGACCGCCUCGCUCAACGCGACCUGGCCCCAGGCCGAGUCCCUCGCCGUCGUCAGGCAGUUCAAGGUCAAGUGCCGGAACUACCGCAUGGUGUGGAACCCCGUCGUCGUGCCGCCGCCGCUGCUCUUCUUCACGGCCGUCGUGUGCACGUCGGUCAUGGCGAACUUCACGCUCCUCGUGCCCGUGUCGACGUACUACAGCGCGACGCUGCUGGAGAGCGGGGUCAUCGUGUCGAGCUACGCGGGCGGCGCGCUCGUGAGCCUCUACUUUUGGAGCACCUACGACCGCUACAGCAUCCGGCCGGCCUACGUCGCGCAGGCGGCGAUCAUGUGCGGCGGGAACGCGCUCUUCGCGGCCGUGUGCCUCGCGGACCUCGGCGCGUCGACGACGUUCUACGGCCUCCUCGCCGCGCGGUUCGUCGUGGGCCUCGAGGCGGGCGCGAUGUACAACGCGAACCUCGCGCUCGUGGGCUACUCGGCGGCGGAGCACCGCGUGCGCUACCUCGCCAUGUACCAGUCGUUCGUCGGCGUCGGCCUCGUGCUCGGGCCCGCGAUCUCGAGCUCGUGCCUCGCCGUCGCCGAGGCCCUGGGGUCCGCCGCGCUCGAGGAGUCGCUGUCGGCCGUCGUCAUGGCGGCCUGGGGCGCGUGCGUGCUCGCCGCCGUCGCCGCGCGGCUCCCCGACGACGCGGCGCUCGAGGCGGCCUACGGCCGGCCCGCGGCGUCGGGCCUCGACGACGACGACAAGGGCCGCGCGCCCGCGCCGGGCCUCUUCGGCCUCGACGGCCGCGACUCGCUCCUCGGCGAGAUCUUUCUCGGGAACCUGCUGCGCAUCUACCAGCGCCUCGGCUGGGAGGUCGGCGCCGUCGUCGUGCUCGCGGACAACUACGGCUGGGGCUACAUCGCCGCGGGCUACAGCCUCAGCGCCUUCGGCUUCGCGCAGGCCGCGGGCCAGUACGCGUUCGCCGUCCGCGCGGGCGCCGCGGACCCGGGCACGGCGCUCGACCGCCUCGAGUUCGUCGAGGGCCUCGCGAUCGGCGCGCUGUUCACGCUCGCGACGGCGGCGGGCGCGAUGAGGGGCUUCCUCAACGCCGUCUUCGUCGCCGCGUCGCUCGUCUUCUACCUCGCGAACUGCCUCACGUCCGCGCCCUACAACGCGCUCAUCCUCGACAAGGCCGCGGGCCUCGACCGGGAGGAGAUGCUCCUCGCGUCGCAGUACGGCAUCAACUUCGCGCUCGGCCUCGCGCCCAUCGUCGUCCGCGGCGCCAUGGAGGCCGUCGGCUCGCCGGGCGACGAGCAGAACACGCUCGCGGCCGUGCUCCUCUGCGGCUGGGCCGCGCAGACCGUGCUCAACGGCGCGCUCACGGGCCGCGUCGCGUCCGCGCUCGUCGCGACGCUCGGCCUCGCGACGGCCGCGCUCGUCUUCUGGGCCAUGCUCGACAAGGGCGUCGGCGGCACGGGCUGGGCGAACGUCUUCUCCUGGCACCCCGUGCUCAUGGCGCUCGCGUUCUUCGCGGCGAUGACGCUCGGCCAGCUCGCGUACAAGGACGACUUCGGCCCGGCGCCGAACGUCAAGGAGGACCGGCGCCGCGUCCACGGCGCACUCAUGGCGCUCGCGUUCGUCCUCGCCGCCGCGGGCUACUGCUUCAUCUUCACCGCGCACGAGGAGAGCGGCGAGUCGCAGGUCGGCACCGACGAGACCUGGUCGCGCGCGGUCCACGUCUGGAUGGGCUACCCGACGCUGCUGUGGCUCGUCGUCCAGGCCACGGCGGGCGCGCUCAAGGCGCGCACGCUCGAGGUGCUCGGCGAGCGCACGUUCAAGUGGCACGGCGCGUCCGGCGAGUACCUCCUCGUCGCCGGCUACCUGACCUCGCUCUGGGGCUUCUGGCUCAAGUUCAACUACCGCGCGCUCGGCGGCUGGAACACGCAGCUCAAGCUCGCGCUCACGGCCCUCACGGCCGCGCUCCUCGGCCUCAAGCUCCUCCCGGCGCCGCGGCUGCCGCCGCUCGUCGACGCGGCCGACGCGGACGCGACGACGGGGCUCCUCGACGCGGCCAAGGAGGCCGAGCGGCGGAAGGCCGCGGCCGCCAAGGCCGAGGCCGACGCGGACCUGCCCUAG